CGACAAAAGCCGCCGCCGCCGCAGUAACAGGACCGUUUCGUCUAAUAAUACGGGGAGCAAGCAACAACGCAGGCAGCUAAGCUGCUGGCGUUCGCCGGCCGGCCGAGUUUUCGGUCCAAUUUAGCGGCCGUGGCAAAAUGGCAAACGCAUGGCUUGCAACGCGGACAAGCUCCCUCUGUCGUAGGGGUUUCGGUCACCCAAUAAUUGUUGAUGGUGCCGAGAGCUCCGGUUCCUUAUCAACGGCCCGAUCUCUGAUUGUUGAGUGCGACAUUAUUGGUUCUUUGUCCUUUGUUCCUUUCUCGUCUGCGUGUUCGGCGGUUUGCUGUUGCGCAAUCCUCGCUACCCGGCAUGGCUUAUUGCGCUCGAUGGUACAACGCGCCGGAGGCCCCCCGCAACAUUGACUGGCGGAGAAUUCCAAUUCACAAAAUAAAAUCAAUUUAGUAAGGGAAACCCUUUGCUAUAGUGAAUUUUCCCGGUCCGAUUUCGGGCACUGGUGGUUGAUUGGGCGGAUGUCGGGUUCAAGUUAUUGUUUGAGAGCAGCUUGCGGGAGAGUUGAGCUCCACGCUUGACAACAGUGCCAGGUGCUGCCAGCUGGCAGGACACACCAUUACACCCAGUCUUUGGCGGUAAAUCCAUCCUCAUUCGACAAAAGACCACUUGGAGAUCUUCAUCGACGACCAAUACAUCCCAUCUCUGCACGCAUCGUCGCCAGAUCGGUUGUUGAGCAUCCUGCUGUGUCAUUCGCGGAAUGUCGGCCAUCGCAAUGUCACCCUACCUGCGCUCCGCCUCCGCUUCCACCUUACAGAAGCCGGACAAGCAGCUGUAGCUAGCUCAUUGGACAAAAGUGCAGAUCCGGGUAAUAGGUCUGUAAUUUCAUUUGCCAUGGGCCUAGCAAUCGGCUAUUGCUUAGCUGAAUUGCUUAGCUUCUCCUAUACCGUGGUGCCGUCGGCAGUAGCACAGCAGUUGCUAGCAGAUCAGCAAGGUUUGGGUAGCACCUAGCUCCAAAAGGCCAAAAGGCGGGGAAAUCGAACCACUGUCAGAUUUCCCAACAAUAAAACUUGGUCUAAAUCAUCACUUUGCAAAAGGAGUCGAUAAACACCAAGACUCUGCCAAGAAUGAAGCUCGCUGCUACAACAUCCAUCGCUGUCGGCGCCGGUAUGGCUGUCGCCGACGCCAUCCAGCUCCAGCUCCCGGCUAGCUCUGGCGCCGCAGGACAGCCAUUUGACGGCUACGUCAGUUACUCAAUCGAGUUUUCGUCGUUUCCUGAUUUUGCAGGCAAUGCUUCCAACCCAAAUCUGUUCUCCUACAAUCUCAUCAACAACCUCGGCAAGGUAAUGGGCACCAACCCCUACAUUCGUGUUGGCGGUAACACCCAAGACUAUGCCCUAUACGACGCCAAUCAAAAAGAAGCUCUUGUCGGCAUUUACAACAUCAGCCGAUCUCCCGAUUACCCCACAACCAUCACCAUCGGUAAGGCGUACUUCGAGUCGUACCGCACCUGGCCAGGCGUCAAGUUGUCCCAUGGCUUCAAUCUGGGUCUUGGCGCUACCAAACCAGAAGGCUGGACCACUCUCCAGCAGACCGCACCGAUAGCCUGCGAGGCCCUGUCUCAUGAUAACCUCUACACGUGGGAGUAUGGCAACGAGCCAGACCUCUACUCGACUUCCUCGCAGGGUCCGGUCCGUCCUAAGGAUUGGAACGAGGCCACCUAUGUUGAGCAGUGGCAAAACGGAACAAACAAGAUUCGUGAGCUUGUCCAAAAGGCCUGCCCUAAGCUGGCUGACCCAACCUUUAUGGCCCCGUCAUUUGCUGGCGUUGGCAGCCAUCUCAAUGGGCCCAAGACGUUUAAGGCUGGCCUCGACGACAACAAUGAUAUUGCAUUGUUCUCGACUCACAACUACAUUAGCGGCGCCGGCUCACCUGGUGUCACCUUACAGGGAACCCUCAUGAACCACACACGCACCAAGGCAUCUGUCAAUGUCCAUGUCAACGAGUACAACCAAAUCCACGCCAUCACCGGUGACAAGACACCGCCCCUGAUGUUUGGCGAAUGCAACUCGCUCUACAACCAGGGCCGCCCUGGUCUGUCCAACACCUUUGGCGCCGCGCUCUGGGGCAUCGACUUCAACCUGUACUCUGCGUCGGUCGGAUUCAAGAGAGUACACAUGCACAUGGGAACCAACUACCGAUACCAAGCAUGGCAGCCCGUGGAGACGGAUCUGGCCUCUAUUGGCACCAAGGCCCCCUACUACGGAAGCAUGGCUGUUGCUGCUAUGCUGCGCAACUCUGCCUCGCAUCCCGUGUCCAUUGGCACGCUGGCCCUGCCCAACGAUGCCGAAUCUGGAUACACUGCCCACUUCACGUCGGGCUCCAAGACUGGCAAGCUUGCACGUGUCAUGAUCAUCAACAUGAGGGGUUAUAACAGCACGGUGGAUGGCGCUGGCUUAGAUCCGCUGCCCAAGCCGCCCACCAGACAGGUUCGCACGUACUCCUUCCAAGUGCACGAUGCCGCCGCCGAGGGCCAGGUUGUGCAGAUCCAGCGCCUCUUGGCCAACGGCAGCGACGCCAUUACCGGUAUCACGUACGAUGGCUGGAGCUACAACCGCGAGUUAGACAUGGGUAAGCCCGUGCGCUUGCACAAUGUCACUAUUGGAGAGACUACAACGGUCAAGAAUGGCUGGGUGACGGUCGAUGUGGUGGAUUCGUCUGCUGCUCUGUUGAGCUUUACCAAGAAGUGCACUUGAGCUUACUGGGUUCUAUUAUGAUGCAAAAUGAAAAUGAAAUAAGUAGUAAUUGUCAUGUAAUCUACUCAGUAAUUAAACUAAUACGGAACUUCGUUAUUCAUGGCCAUGCG